AUGUUUAAGGUAUUAGAUCGUCUUGUAUCGGACAUAAACGAAAUUGAUGAAUAUUUAUCUGAUAUUGUGCUACCUAUAAUUAUUUUGCUUCCAGCAAAUUUACCCAAUUGUUCCAAGCAAGAAGUGGAAAAUUUAUGCGCAGCAUUUCCACAGGACUUCAAAGAUCCAGACGCUAUGUGUGCAGAGAUUAAGUUAAUAUCUUCCGAUAUCGAGAAAAGUGGUGCCAAAAAUCUGAAGGAAGCAGCGAAGUGUGUACUUGGAAAACAACAGUUUUAUCCCAACCUGACGAAAGCGUAUCAGCUUGCAUUAACAAUUCCAGUUUCUGUCGCAAGUAAUGAGCGUUCAUUUAGUAAACUAAAACUUGUUAAAAGCUAUUUGCGAUCAACGAUGAAAGAAAACCGUCUUGACGACUUGAUGAUUUUAUCUUCAUCUGUAGAUAUAUUAGACGAACUUGAGUUGGAUAAAGUAGCUAACUCGUGGUCUUUAUAG